UGAAUUCGGUGUUGUGUGUUCGUAAAGAGAAACAAAAAGUUGUGUCAGUAUUCUUAAAAAAAAACACAAUAUCUCCCUUGGAACAAAAAAUCGUACAAAGGCGUGUAAAAAUCUAGAGAAAAAAUUGUUCCAAAUUCAAAAAAGGUACCAUAGGGAAUCGUAUUUAAAAAUGGCGGCAUUUGACAAACUUUUGGAAACGUUAAGUUACCAACAAAAAGAAAAAUAAAAUUCGAUGGAAAACUAAUACGCCUGUUCGAUGUUCGAAAUUCCAAAGCAAACACCACUUUUUAACGUACCUAUUAUUGAUUUUUUUUGCGUUUUGUUUAUGCACUGAGCUUAGUAAAUCAAAAUAUCUAGGUGUUUUAGCUGCAGUGCAUCUAUAACUUACGUGUUUUGUACCAAUUGUUUCUCAUUCACUCAUAACACUCAUUAUUAUUCAUAUCCAGUUUAAUAUGGUUAUUUGAACCCAAGUACAAGUAGACUACUACUCAUUGAAGUUCCGGCGCGAAAAAACUGUUACUAGUAUGAAGUGAUGCGCAUGCGCAAACAGUGAACUUGUUAUAAUGGAUACCAUAAAAGUAGUCGGUGAAUUUGUCAGGGAAAGAUCUCCGUUUUCGCUGGACACAUGGUUCGGGAGGCCGAAGAAACCGAGCGGCGGGCCCGAGCGGGGCUACGACACGGUGCCGCGGGGGGCGGAGCCCCGGGCCGAGGAUGAGGAGCGCUCAGCGGCCGCCGAGUACAGCAGCAAGAUCAACGCGCUCAAUGAUGACCAGCUGCAGAGGCGGUUUGAGGAGAUGCUCAGUGACAUGAACCUCAGUGAGGAGAAGAAGGCUCCACUCAGAAAAUACGCGCGUGAUCAGAAGCAGAAGAUGUUGGUCGCAUACAAAUUUGUUAAUGCACAGGAGGGGCGCUCAAAGUUCGAGAAACCUUCAGACUACGUCUCGUACCUGAACCAACCGGAGCUGUCGGUGGGCAAGCUGCACAGUUGCUUGGAAAACCUUCGGAUAGCGCUCACGAACAACCCUCUAUCGUGGAUCGAAGAGUUCGGUACCAAAGGCAUUGUUGCUCUCCUCAAUACGCUCAAUCUCUGCUAUGUCAACGACUCCCGCUACGACCGCGUACAAAACGAGUGCAUUCGAUGUAUAUCCGCCAUCUUGAACAACACAGUCGGCAUUCGAACGAUGUUCGAGUGUAGAGAGGCCUUACCCGUUCUGGCCAGGAGCUUGGAGCCGAAGAAACCUGUAUGCGCUUUAGAGGCUGCUAAAGUCCUAGCCGCCAUUUGCUUGAUUCCAAAUGGCCAUGAGAAAGUUCUGGAAGCGAUCACAAUGGCGGGUGAAUCGAGUCAAAAGCCGAGGUUUCUGCCCAUCGUCGAGGGGUUGGACGCGAAGGCACCGGAGAGUUUGAAGAACGGCUGUAUGCAACUCAUGAACGCCAUAAUCACGGAACCUGAAGAAUUAGAAUUUAGAAUGCAUCUGCGGAGCGAGUUUAUGAGAACUGGACUCUUUGAUCUGAUCGACGAAUUACGAGCGAGUGCGGAGCGAGCGAGACAGAUACAAAUGAAUGUAUUUGAUACACACGCGGCGGCCGAUCACGACGAAUUCUUGGCGAGGUUCGACGACGUCCGAGUGGAUUUCAACGACGCAAACGAAUGCUUCGAACUAGUCAAGAAUCUAGUGCUGGACACGCCAGCGGAGCCCUACCUCCUGUCGAUACUGCAGCAUUUGCUGUUCAUCAGGGACGAUGAACUUAUCAGGCCAGCAUACUACAAGCUGAUAGAGGAAUGCAUAACACAAAUAGUCCUGCACAAGAACGGUUACGACCCGGACUUCAGAGCCACGCAGAGGUUCAACAUUGAUGUGCAACCGUUGAUCGAUGGGCUUAUAGAGAAAUCGAGAGCGGAAGAAGAGAGGAGAAUAGAAGAGUUGAACAGUAAAUUGGAAGCGGCGAUCGCGGCGCGACAGGAGGCGGAGGCCCGCGCCGCGCAGCUCGAGUGUCGGCUACGCGGCGCUGGCGCUGGCGGCCUCACGCACGGGAAUAUAGCCGCUAUCGCUAAGGCAAUAGGAAGCCCCGGCGGCCCGGCCCCGCCGCCGCCGCCCAUGCCCGGAGGAGGUCCGCCGCCGCCGCCUCCUAUGCCGGGAGCCAAGGCAGGUGGUCCCCCGCCCCCUCCCCCGCCGCCGCUGCCGGGCGGCGCCCCUCCCCCUGCCCCUCCCCCGCCCCCGCCCCCGCCCCCGCCGCCCGGCGCCGGGCCUCCGCCGCCGCCCAUGCCCGGCAUGGGCCCGCCCCCGCCGCCAAUGAUGGGCGGACCCAUGGUACCCAGGAUGCCCCAACCCGAUGUGUUACCCUAUGGUCUGAAACCCAAGAAGAAGUGGGAGGUGGAAGGCCCCCUAAAGAGGGCCAACUGGAAGACCAUUGUGCCUCAAAAAAUGUCGGAAAAAGCUUUCUGGAUCAAGGUGCAAGAAGACAAGCUAGCAUCGCCGGACAUCCUCAGCGGGUUGGCGAUGAAGUUCUCAAGCAAACCCGUCGCCAAGAAGAACGAGGAUGCCGUCGAUAAGGUGCCAACUCUCAAGAAAGUGAAGGAUCUCAAAGUCCUAGACGGCAAAGCUGCGCAGAGUCUCUCCAUACUUCUCGGCGGUUCGCUCAAACACAUGUCGUAUUCUCACAUUAGGACGUGUAUAUUGCGAUGUGAUACACAAGUUUUGACUGCCAACGUACUUGAUUUAUUAAUACAGUAUCUCCCCCCAGCGGACCAACUUAAGAAACUAUCCGAGCUGAAGUGCAACGUGUCGGAACUGACAGAAGCUGAACAGUUCGCGGUCACGGUGGCUGACGUCAAGCGGCUGAUGCCUCGGCUGCGGAGUCUGGCUUUCCGGGAGCAUUACAGGGAGAUCAUAGCCGAGGUCAAACCGGACAUAGUGUCGGGGACGGCGGCAUGUGAAGAAGUGAAAUCUAGUAAUAAAUUCGCCAAAAUACUAGAACUGUUGUUACUAUUGGGCAACUAUAUGAACACGGGGUCAAAUAACGCUGGCGCUUACGGCUUUGAAAUCAGCUUCCUUACUAAGCUAACGUCCACAAAGGACUUGGAGAACAAACAAACAUUGCUGCACUAUCUGGUCGAGACGAUUGAAAAUAAAUUCCCCGACGCGCUCACAUUCGCGGAGCAGAUGCCCCACAUUGACAGAGCGGCGCGAGUGUCAAUGGAGAGCCUUCAGAAGGCGCUGAAGAAGAUGGACAGCGACAUCCGCGCUCUCGAGACCGACCUCAACAACUCCAGAGUGCCGCAAUGUGCGGACGACCUCUUUCAUGAAACUUUGAAUUCGUUCGCGAAGGAGGCGCGAGAACAGUGCGACCUCCUCAACUCGAUGUACCGCAAGAUGGAGGCGCUCUACAACGAGCUGGCCGAGUACUACGUGUUCGACCCACAGAAGUAUACUCUGGAGGAGUUCUUCGCUGACAUCAAGACUUUUAAAGACUCGUUUGCUACGGCGCACCAAGAGAACGUGGUGGCGCGCGAGGCGGCGGAGCGCGGGCGGCGCGUGCGCAGCGCGCGCGAGCACGCCGAGCGCGAGCGCGCGCGCCGCUACAACCAGUUCGUGGACAUGGAGCGCGCGCAGGACGGCGUCAUGGACAGUUUAAUGGAAGCGUUACAAAGCGGAUCAGCGUUCAGUAGAGAGCGGCCGAGGAAGAAGGCGAACCCUAGGGCUGCGGGAGCGGAGAGGAGAGCUCAGUUGAGCAGGUCGCGGUCGCGGACGGGGUUGACGGCCGCCAUGACCGCCAGGGAGCUCACAAACGAGCUUCUGGGCAACGCGUGAUGAAGCUAAGCUCAUAUCAAGUGAUAUUAGUAUUGUAAAAUAUAUUAGUUAUAAGAUUUUAACAUUGUUUUAUUAUAUACUUCGUAUUAGAAGUCAAUUUUGUAGGUCAAUUGCAAAAUAUACUUCUGAAACUGACUCUUGUAUGAGCAGCGCGGCUCUUGGCUCUGUCUACCUCGUAAGAGAUUAAGAUGUGACACUGUUAUAUAGAAUUUGUUAAAUUAACAUUUCGGCGGACACAAGACUAUUAUGUAUAUAUAUGCUAUUUAUUAUUAUAGCUAUGAUAAUAACGGUCUGUCUAAUUUUCUGAUAAAAUAUCAGAUUAUAAUCUGACAGAUAAACUAACUGCUAGAUAAAUCUGUCAUAAGUGAUUAAACAGUUAGCUCUGUCAAACAUAUGUGAUACACAAUUUUUAACAUUAUUUGUUCGAUAAAUCGACAAAUAAUUUAUCAGAUAUUUUAUCAGCAAGUGGUGAUACAGGCUUUAAAACUUUUGUCUCGUCGAGUGUCCACUAAAGUCUUAACAUUUUUGAAGUUUUUUUUUUUAAUACUGAAAAGGUUUAAUGAUAAAUUUUAUGUCAUUUCAAAAGUAUAGUCUUGCUAUGAUCUUGACUCAAAUCCAUACUUAAUGCUUCCCAAAAUCAUUGAUUUUUAGAAUAUUAGCUUAAAUAUAAACGUUAUACUAUAGUAUAAUGUUCUCAUUCCAUAAAAUUAUGGAUUUUCCAUCAAUAAUGCGCUUAAUAUUAUCGUAUGGUAUAUAAUACAUUAAAUAAUUUACGGUUGCUCGCAAUAUGCCUUAUGUACUGAUUAUGUAUUUGUAUAUAAUGAUUAUAUAUUAUGUAGUUUUUUAUUGAUAUCCCGAAGGCCGUGGAUUCGUCGAACUGAUUAAUAAAAUUUGACGUUUUUGUCAAUUAAAAUUGUGUACAAUAUUCCUUAUUGAACGUUAAGAUACUAAAGUAUGUUUCCAGCAUAGAAGAAACUCAUUCAAAGCUAAUUAAUCUAGAAUAAAAUUUAUAUCAAUUUGUUUUUAUUGAUUUGAUUGAAUGAAAGGUUUUCAAGAAAGUGACAGAAAUUAUCGGGUCAUUGAAACAAACUUUAGUUAAAUAUAAGUUGAGGAAUAUGAUAUCAUCAACAUUUGUUUUUGAGAAAUUGUAUGUCUAAACAGACUGUCUAUUUUAAAAUGCGAAUGUAUUGUCAUAUUUUUUCAUAGCAAAAAAUAUGACAUAAAACUAUAUGCCGUUUACAUCACAAUACCAAAAACUCGUGUAAUAAAUUCUAUAUUAUCUUGUAUAACCCCAGUAAUACGGACUGAAUUUACAGCUUUAUUUGAUUGAUUAAUACAGACAUUUUCGAUGCAAUAUUUAUAGUCCAAAAUGUUAACUGCACUUUAAUAUGAAAUCGCGUUCGUCCGAAUCUAUAGUUAUGAUUUUCAGCCGAAACAGAUCAUUGAGUACCUUUUUUGCAAACAAAAUAACAAAAUAAUGUUGUCUUAACAAAACGCUAGUUUUGUGUCGCACGCAUCAUUGAGAUGGCUCAAAAAGUUCUCAUUUAAAUAAAUGCUGAUUUAUAACUUGGAUAAAAUACUUGAGUUUAAAACGAUGUAUUUGCAAUAAUAAUGGUCAGAUUUUAAUUUUUAAAAUGUUAAAUUUUAUUCUUAUCUAUGCUUUAAAAAAGGUAUAAUUAACAACUUUAUAGUUUUUUUUUUUAUUUUAAAAUAUUUUAAUAUGUUCACCAGUUACUUAGAACGAAAAUACGCCUGGCUUUUUUACAGUACUUAGAGUAAAAACACGCGAAGCGCGUUUUCAGCUGUCAAUGUGUAAAUGCGUAUUCGCAACGGAUAUUUUUAACAAGGCUCCAUUUUAUAAAGACAUUGAAGUUGUUUUGUAUAUAAUGUACUAUUUACGGUAAUUAAUAAAAUAAUAUAUUGGAACUAUCAAAAUUUAAUACUGAUGAUUACAUAAUAGAUCAUUCAAACUUGCUGUAUCGAUUUAUAUUCGGUUUUGAUUGUUAUAUAAUGUUUUAUGGUCGAUUUAAUUGAUCAUAUACGUUGCUUCCAGAUAUACUUAAAAAAAAAAUAAAGACUUGACAAAAUAGCUAAUAAUUUGUAAAAUAUUUUGUUAAAUACAGUCGGAAAACUGAACACUUGUUAGUUUGGAAAUAGUUCCGGUAUAUGUUUUUUAACACUAAUUUAAUGGACAGACAGACAGAAAAUAUAUAGUUAUUAAAUAUAGGUAAUUCGAUGUCGCCUGGCGAAUCUUUCUAUUUGAAUUUAAAAAUGAUAGGGUUAUGUGUCUCGCGCGUAUUUAGUAUAUAUAACAACCUUUAUCACAUUAUAUCUUACAAACAGCUAGACGAUUUUCUAUAUAUAAUACAGUUUGAAUCUAGACCGCCCAAGUAAUUUCAGAUAGAAAAACAAGAUGGCUUCUAUGAGAUGUUUAUUAUUUGAAGAGAAAAAAAAAGCUUCGUGAUUUUAUAUUGUUCAGAUGUCUGUAGGAAUUACUCUGAUAUAAGAUAUGGAUUUAAGCUCAAACAUGUCGGCGUUUGGUUUACGCCUGGCUUUUUGGGACUAAAUAUUGGGACUAAACCAAUCUAUGUCUAAUACUGACUAUCAGUUGUAAAAAUGUAGUAAUUCUUUGCCCUCUCUCGUUAGUAUCGAAUAAUGUGUAAUGUAAUUUUUUUAAUUGUUUAAAUAUUAGUUUUAUAUACACCUCACGCUGUCGCGAGGUAGUUUAACGUUUACAUGUAAAUAUAUUUUUGUAAAAUGUUGCAUUUUCAAUCGAUUAAAAUGUUUUUUUUUUAA